GUAUGGUUUUGAAAAGCUUCAAUGACAUCGAAACGGACAUUGGAAGAAUCGUGGAUCAAAUGGUAUGUGAUGUGGGAAAAGUGCUAAAUUCAAAACAUGGAUUUGGUCUAAAAUUGUAUGCUGACAUUGGUUUUUUUGGAAUGCAGUUUGUAGGAAUGGAUGUUGAUAUGGUAUUUGGAACAAGCAGGGAAUUGGAACAAUGCAAUAAGUAUGAAUUUGUGCACACUUUUACUUCUGACGAAAACGUGGUUCGAAUACUGGGAGUCGGUAAAGUAAUGGUAAAGCUCGGUCGGUUUCUAUUAGCCCAUGGUGGCCUAGGUGUAGGUGUUUCAUUAAGUCUCGACAAUACCUUAAAAUUUUAUAUAAUUUUUAGAGCAGAAGCUUCCCUGCUUGGCCUUAAAUCAUCGGUCGAGGUACAUAUUGGAACAAGCGGAUUACAUUUUUUUAUGGAGGGUAAUAUAUGGAAUAUUUAUAAAGCCAAACUGCGGGUGUCUAAAGAACUGUUUCUUAAUCUGAAAAACUGUCGGGAAAUUUCACUAGAAGGUAUGGCACUGAAAGUAAAAGGUCAAUUUGUUGCGGAUGCUGACGGAGAUGGCGAUUUCUCUGACGGUUACGUACAUGCCUUAAUUCGAUUUACAGAACGCUUUAGAGAUGAGACGAUUGAUCGGCUUAGUGAUGUACAAAACGCAUUUACCGAAGCACAACGAGGUUUGACUUCAGCGCAGAACUGGCUUGAAUCUCAAAAGGCUGUUGUACGAUCAGCUCACAAAGACUUUGAUGAUGCAGUAAGAUCAAUGGAAGUCGCAAAAGUAAAACUUGAAGAAGCUAAAAAACCUUUCCAAAAUGCAAUUGAUAGGCUUAAUGAGGCGCAACGCAAAGUUGACAGGCUGUGUAGGAUAAAAACAUGCCAAAAUAUUUGUAUCCCUGGAAUAGAAUGCAGAAUUCGUAAUUACAACGUUUUAGGAGCACAAUUUCGGUUUCCAUGUUGUUCCCCUACAAAUUGCAUGUUUACAAUUCCAGACAUAAUAUGUGAACUGGCAAACGUCGGAUGUUAUAUCGUUCGAGGACUAGCUUACGCUGUUCUGGAAAUAGCUAAAAUUGCGGUGCGUAUUCCAAUGCUCAUACUUGAUGCUGCGAAGGUCAUCGUAUCGGCUGCUCAGGUAUUUGUGGACAAAUCUCGAGUCGUUCUUGAUAUUGCCGAGGGUGCCAUUAGUUUUGCGCAGUUGGGUUUGGAAGGGGCAAAAUGGGUUCUAGAAGGGGCUAAAUAUGCUCUGGAAGCGGUAAAAGUCGUGGUUAAGCUUGGUGUUAUGGAUCGUUAAUUUCGUAAUUAAAUAUGGCUUACAGAUGUUGAUAGAUGUGAGGAAUUGUGGUUUUGAAAUUGAGCUUUCAACUCGUGAUUUGCCUAUCUUUGGUGUUGGUUGUGAGAUUAAUUUAUUUAUGGCAGGAUUUCAUAAAGUGGGCAUAUACAUCAAUUUUAAUGACCCUGUCCAGAGUUUAUGGCGUGCUGCGAAAGGUUCCGUUGAGAUGACCCUGCAAGCAAUUGACGAAGAAAAAACUAAUAUGAAAAAACGUGAUAUACGAAAUACAGCUCUAAACGGCAUGUACAAAGCCAUGAGAAUGCCACGCGAUGCAGAAAUGCAUGACGGAGAUUUGGAUAUGCUUGUGAAUUUCACCUUUCAAUACAUUGAAGAUAAUGCGUUUGAUAAUCAUACAGAUGGCAAUAUGGACGAGUACACCUAUUGGAAACAAAUAUAUGCUGAAAAGUGUCUUCAAUUUACUAGAUGCCAUACUUUCUUGCUUGAUACUACAGUGAUACUAUCCCAAUUGGUGAAUGAUACAGCCGCAACCAUACGAAACAUUUCGUCUAUUCAAGACAACAUGCAAUCAUUUAAUAUUGAAUCCAUUUCGAACAAUCUCUCCUUUGCAAGCAUUGGUAUUGACCCGACAGUUGCACAGGAUGAAUUUAAUAUAAGUAUGGCGACACUUGAAGACACAAUAGAAGGCGCAAGGGGCAACCUGUCCUACGAUCCCCUGUUGACAAACAUCGUUGCCUUUGCAGACGAAUCUCGCAAGUUUUUGGAAGACAAGGUCGGUAGCGUUAAUAACAUAAUGAGUCUCAAUCUGUGGAUAGCUGCAAUGAAUGAUGUAACAAAAGAGUAUUUUCAUAACGACACAUGUGUUUCAUUUCUGGAUUGCGCUCACUACGCGGUGGCCGUUCUAUACCAACAGUUUGUUGCCGUGAAUGUCAUCAACCAGUCAGAAAGUACUGAUACGAUUUCUGAAUUUGAAGAUACAUUCUUACUUCUAGUAGGAAACAAUUCUCACACAAUACAGGACCUUGAUUCGAUGGCAACGUCUUUAAUAUUGACCUUGCAGCGUAUGCGAGAACACGACGUGUUUUGUUCCAAACCACCGGAAAUGGUCGAACCACUACGAAACCAAACCGCAAAGUCUGGGACCGAUAUUUCACUUAUUUGUAACGCGACGGGUGAUCCUGACCCCGACUUCUGGUGGUAUAAGGACGGGAAACUUAUGCCGAAUCAUCAUAAGAUGAUAUUGACGAUGUCCAACGCGUCGGAAGAAGAUGCCGCAACGUACUAUUGUGUGGCCGGAAAUCUCGUAGCCAACUACUCGUUUGAAGAAGUACACGUGUUUGUUCAGAAGGAGAUACUGCAUGACAAUGGUUUCUACAAGAAGGAUGAUGGCCCUAACCUUCCGCUCGAAAGAAUCCUUGCCCCAAUAUUGGGAAUAGCAACUUGCGCGAUAGUCAUUGGACUUGUUGUCUGGAAAUUCCGCAAAAGAACGGUUGUCAGUAAAGGUAGUUCUGCUUCGAAUACACAGGCUGUUUGCGAGGAAUGAUAUCUUUUAACAAAGUUCGAUGCUUUCGAAGUUGGAGGCUAGGUGUUACUUGGAAGUGGUAAAAGAGGGACGAAAAGAACAUUUUAUAGAAAGACGCGUAUUUAAGGCACAUAACACACACUGACAAUUGAAUCGUAAAUGUUUCAUUGUAUCAGAUACCUAUCGGUUUCGUUUGCUUGUGAGUAAAUAAACUCACUGAAUAUUAUUUCAAGUUAAAUAUGCUUUUACUUGUCAUAAUUCAAAUUCGAUAAAACAUUAUGGUUAUUUUUUUUUCUGAAAACAAAUAUAAGACUUAUUCAAAGUAUGUAAUCCAAUUUUUCAAAUAAGUACGUUACAUGGACAAUAUAUUUAAAGACAACCGCAGACUGUGUUGUAGUGUGCCUUAAAUAUUAAAAUAUUCAUUUUAUUCAUUUAGGGUUACUUUUUUAUUUUCUGUAGAAUAAAUUUCGUCUCCAUUAUUGCCUUAAUAUCUUAGUUAUUAAAAUGGAAAUGCUUAUUCUUGUAUUUGAAGUUUAUAUUUUAGUCAAAGUUUAACUGCGUUUAUAGUGGGAUUAUAUGGUGAAAAGAUUGUUCACUUUUUGAUAAAAGCAACAAACUUGGCACAUUUGUAGAUUAAAGUAUUUAAUUCAAUUUUAGCUAUGGACCCAUCUCCAAUUUUCAAAAUGGCCACCAUUUUCAAGAUGGCCGCCAACAUUUAGGAAAUUACAUGUUACUGCCCUUUUUGAUUAAAAUAUUCUGUUUUUGGCAUUGAAAUUAGCUGUUGUAUGUUGUUAAUUAAUUAAUAUAUGUUUCUACAUGAAAACAAAGGAAUUAAAUAUUGCAUAUAAGUCAAACUGACUUCCAAAAUGGCCGCCUAAAGUACAAAAUAUAGGAUUUUCCUACUCAAAUCUAUAAUUUCGAUAUUAAUUGAAAGUAUGUUAUAUAAGCAAGUGUUGUUUUUUGUAUUUACAGAUACCUUCAUUUGUAUAAUAAUCUAAACAUAUUGUUUUAGUCCUUAGUAUGUGACCGCGGAUAGAUUUUAAGGCAGCUUUAAGGUUUGGAAGUAUGAACUCGUGGAAUGCAGUUAUUUCUUUAUUUAAGGACUUUCACCAAUAUGAUCCCACUUUAAAUAACGAAAAACGUUGAAAAAACUGUACAGGAAGUGAUUGUCUGCUUCACAUACAAAUGGGGUAUACCAAACAAAGGGAAGUAACUGUGCUGGUUAUUUUUUUGUUAUUUCAUGAAUAGCAUGAAGAAAAUAGUUGUGAAAAAAGAUGCACACAUAUAGGGCAGCAUUUAAAUGUGUUAUGAUCAUAUUUCAACUUUAGAGUUUGUUAAUUGAUUUCAAAAAGUGUACAUGUGGCGCUAUAAAGUUAGACUUUAUAAAUAACACAUUUGCAUGCACACCGUCAGCCCCAAACUUUGUAAUGCAUACAAUAUACACACAUUUAAAUAAAAAAUACCAUUUUCAAACUCGGAGACUUUAAUGGGGUUUUUUAUUAUUAAAGUAAAUGAAUAUUUGCCAAAAAAGCAUAAUUUCCUAUUUAAAAAAGACCUUUGACCUUACAAAAAGUACAAAAUUAACAAAAUACUUAAAAUAAAUGUGUUUUUUUGCAAAGAAUUUCGAUAAUCAGCAUAAUUAGUAAUAAAGUAUUGUAAUAUUUCAUUUGAUUUGUAAAAUAUUGCAACAAACGAUCAUCACCUCGAUAUUUUCUCCUUUUUAUGAUAGGUUGGCGGCCAUUUUGAACAUGGCGGCGAUUUUGAAAAGUAUGAAUUGGGUCCAUAGCCUAUUUUGCCUUAAAUACUUUAAACUACCAAUGAGCAAAGUGUGUUGCUUUUAUCAAAAAGUGAACAAUUCAACUGAAUACAAGCACCAUAUGAACCCGCUAUUAUUGAUAUUAGAAUUUUGUGCUUUAUUGUUUCUAUAUUGCGUUUUAGAUGUCCUUUUAUUGCAUCAUAUGUUUAUGUUAUUGAAUGCCGUUAUAUCGGUUUAUGUAUAUUUAUGUAGGCGCUUGAUAUAAAAUUUAACAUGAUUCAUAAAUUUAAAAACACUAAAUUUAUCCUCAAUUGUUUUUGGAAAUAAGACAAUAGCAAUAAAUAAUCGUUUUAAUUAUA